CUGGGUGUUGGUGAGGUGUGUGGAAGGGGAGGCAGGAGGUGUGCAGCCCAUCGGUGUGCUUGUCAGCCCCUUGAGAAAUCCAGCCCUGGGUUUCAGUCGUUGAAAGCAUUGUGCUGAGAAGGGAUUACAGACAGGAAGAUGUGUGCUGGUGCACUUGAGGCGCUGUCUGCUGAGCACUGUACCCGCCUGAAAGCUUUUUGGCAACACACUUCAAAUUUUGCUUUAGAUGAUAUCAAAACAGUUUUUGUCCUGGCAGUUCUGAAGAGAUGGGGAAGGAAGAUGAUGUGACCGGAGUAGACCAACUGCGCGAGCUUCACCAAGGUCUUUAGACAAGAGGUUAUUCUUAAAUCUGUGGUUGUAGCCAAGCAAUCCGUGAGCUCCAUGGAGAUCCUGGCACUAACAAAAUGGAAUAUCCACAAGGCACUGUGCUGACUCCCGAUCUUCUCCACUCCACAUAAUUGGCUUUGCCUUUGAAUUUUUCUUCAGGGUGCCAGAAAUGAUCUGUUCAAGUAUAUAUUUUGAAUAUUACAUUGCCUUCGUGUUUUGUAACAGAGGAACAUGGGCUCUAUCACGCUGAGUCAGCGCGGUGUUUUGGCUGGUAUCUAUUUUGCAGUCAUUAGCUAACACCUGGCACAUCAGUUGAGGGUGAAAUGGAAAACUGUAUGUGAAGAACAGAAAGUAACUAGAGGAAGGAGUGGGGAGAGAAAGGAAGCAACAGAGGGGAAAAAAAAAAGUGUGCAUACAAAUUCUUCUUUCACACCUGCAGGCUAUCAGCUUACACCUUAAAGCACAGAGCUUUGUUACCCGCAUCAAAAUCUUCUGUUGCAUAGCUCAGACACAAUGCAGUGCUUUUGAACACUUGUAUGGUGUUCAAAUGGUGCAGUCUGCCAACCAGCGUAACCUCCCCCAGCUACCAGGUCAUAAUGAGCACUUCUGGGCUCCCUGCAAUUUCCUUAUGUCAGAGUAGCCUGUAAAGAAUGGAAGUUUUAUUGCUGCGUGUGGCUGGAUUCUUUUGUGGACGAAUGCCACUUCUUUCAGUUGAGUUGCACGAAGAAUGAAUUGCAAAAUAAGAGGAUGAUUUUGAGAGGCAGGUUAUUUUUAUGUUGUUUAAUGUACUUCUUGCCCUUUUGUUUUUAAUUCACUCUAGCUUUGCAAUUUUCUCCUUUAAGUUUUUGUAUUCUUCCUGCUUUUUACCGCUGCCUCUUUCUCUGUUGUUUCCCUCUUGGCUUAUUUCCCAUAUGCUUUUGGAAAAUCCAGUAAGGAGAAGGGGCCGAACAAGACUCAGAACAGCUGUAAUCACACAGGGCUGAGCAGUUUCUCCGCCAAACAGACUGCCUUUGGCAGGGUCCUGUUUUCAGCAAUGAAUCCUUGGCACACUAACAGGUGCCUCCACAAAUGUCCUGUGCUGAGAGCAAAUACUGUACGUGGCAUAUGGUUGAGGGUUUGACCAGAAGGCAAGAUGAGAGGGCAGCAGUCAAGCAAAGAAACUCAAGGACAAACUUUGUAACUACUGUACGGAUUUGGGAAAGAAACUGGAAUUGUAGCUGAUAUCAGAAUUUAGAUUUACAUUUGGAUGUGUCCCUUGAUUUCCAUUAGCGUGUUCCUACAUGACAGCCUGAUGAGCAGAAUCAGGCUCCAGCUUUAAGAUGUCGUAAGCAGAGGAUGAGUUUUGGAUAUAGUUGGUAAUGUGUUGCUGUUUGAGAAAAUGCAUAAGCCAUACUCUCCAUGUUGACUCUGGUAAAUGUGACCUUUUCAAGGUGUUGCCUUUGAUGUCAUUCAGAUGACAGACAUUGCUGUCAGUUGGAGUUAUAUGAUUAAACCUUGGGGUCAAAUCACUAAGCCUUUAAUUGUUUUAAAUUAUACAAGAGUGAGAUGAAACAGAAUUUUGAUUUGAUAUAAAAUAACAAGGAGGGAAAGAGUUUUGUCUGGCAUUUUUCACCCCCACCCCUAUUUAGAAACCUUUUCAGCCUACAUUUGUUUGUGGUCGAUAUAUUUGUGUGAGCGUUGUCUUUCCAACAGUAGGAGCUGGAAGAACUGUAUCUGCUGCUUAACCGAUUUUUCUAUAUUACCUGCAGCAAAUCACUUUAACUACCCACAUCUUGAUCCUCUGCAUGGAAGAAAGGGUUAAUGCCAGCUCUGUACCUGACUGAAGAUAAUGGUGUUUAAGCCAUGGGGUCACAAUGGGCUAUGUGAGAGCAGUUAUUCCCUGAACACUGUAUGAUGUAGCCUUUUGCUUGUUCUGGGACCUCAUGUCCCAGCUAGGAUCAAACAGGGCAUCUGAUGCUUAUAGUGCAGGGCUGGAGAGGGCUAUGUGACCAGUGCUGUAUGCUUGAAGUGACAGAGUGCUGUGAGUCCCACUGAGCAACUUCUGUAUUCAAAGGCUAGAACUUGACUAAUCUGGACCUGCAACCAGCCUGGCCUGCAGUGGCAAAAUGGCAGUUCCAGGCAUUCUUGAGUGAUCUACGUGGCAUAACACAAAGCGUACUCUAGGAACGAAGCUGGCCCUUGGCUUGGGCUUAUGAUUUGCCCAGUGUAUGUACUUCUACCUUAGCUGCUUCCUUCUCAGGGAUUCUUGUGUCUGUCUCCAGUGAGUCUGCCCCUACUGAAAUAGAAUAAACUGCAACUGCUAUAACCUGGGCUACAUAUCAUCAAAGUUGUGACAUUACAUUCUGCUUCCCAGAAUCACAACUAUUUUCCUUCCUUUUUUUUUUUUUAAUGGCUAUUGGUGGCAAAAACUAAGUAAUAAACUCAAUGUUCUCCCUUAAGUAUUGAUAUAAUAGCUAGCAAAAACCAUUGGACUCCAGAGCACAUGAAAAAAUAUCAACUGGGAAGAAUCACUGUUUGGUGCAUUGCAUUGGCCUGCACACUACCCUAGUGGGAAGAGAUUGUUGAAAAAUAUCAUUUGUUUUAAACUAAGCAGUAGGUCUCCUUCAAAUUAUAUCUUAAUAGAAAAAAGAACAUCUUGGAUGGUCUUUGAUUUAGAUGCGCUGCAUUUUAAAUGUGUUCUAAUUAUAGUGCUCAUCACUUAACAUUAAAUUAAUGAACAUCCUCAUUUAUAGGGACAAGGUUGGCAAAUAGAAAUUAAUGCCAUUAAAACCCACAAGUCUCCCAAAGGAAAAGAAAAAAAAAUCAAAAGAUCUCUGAACAAACUGUAACCUUAUUAUUUAUAACAAGGCAAAGCAUAAAAUCACCAUCCGUAAGUUUUUGUAAUUGGCUCCGGGGCUCUCAGCAUACGCAGUUUGCCAGCAGCAGCAGUGCAGCCAGCAGCCUGCCAUGCGAGAUGCUGCUCCCAGCCCAGCAGUAGCUGACAGGUGUCUGCACGCAGCAGUCGCUCACAUGGUGGGCGCUAAUUGGGAGGCAAAUGCAAAAUGGAGGCUGCAUGUCCAAGGUGCUUCUGGGAGGUCAGGGCAGAGAAAAAUGUGCUUCUCUAAUGGACAAAAGCUCUUAACCCUGAGGUCUGGCACCUUGUCAGAGAUCAGCAGUUAUCUUUUAAAAUUGUGUCUUGUUUCCUUUGCCUUUGUAAGGCGUCUGAUAUUUUGCUACUCUGAAUGAUGGCAGUUGCAUUUUGAUAUGUACACAUAGUUGCAUUGGUAUUUAGUGGGACCUCUUCUUAGAACUGCUUGGGAGCCUGUCAGAGCCUGAGGAGGUGAUUUUACACUCAGUGGGAUUUUUGUUGGCCAACAGUACAGGCCCAGGAUGUUCUUGCUGUUCCUCUCUGCAGCCUGCUGCUCAGCUUGUUCUGAGGAGACUUCAGGUUAAGGUUCCAGUCUUGCAGGUGGACCCCGGCACUGUUUUGGUUUCAGUUGUCUGGAUCAAGACCCGGACUUUUCCAAUCACCCUCCAGAAAUGAUUGCAGUGUCUCAUCAAAACCCUAAAAUAACGAUUGAGGGAAGAACUUUUGAUGGAUAUGGCAAAAGUGGUUGUAAUGCAUAUCUCUGCUUUUAUCAUUUAAUUGCAUGCUGAUAUCAGAAUUGCUUAGUUUGAAGAGACACGAGCUGUCAGCUUUUCUCCCAAGGCAUUGAUUUUUGACAUACAUGGGGGCUGGGUGCUCCACGUACUCCUUAAGAUCCUGUUCUGUCCUGGAAGGUUUUAGUGAAGUUGCAGGAAUUCAGGUGGUGCAAUAACAGUUGCUCAUAACAAAGAUGCAUAAGGGCAGAUGAUGUUAAUAAAGGGAAAGCAUAGUCUUGUAGGGAGCCCUGUGACCCUGACAUGUCAUUCUGUUAUGGGAGGCUGAGACUGUGAUGUGCAUGGCAGCCAAUUUGUCACACUGGACCUAAUGGGCUGUGAGCAGACACCAUGGUGGCUGUGCUUUCCAUUUAGUCCAGCUUGACUGAAUUAUGCAGGCUCAUUUUUCUCCAUAAAUAUGAUGAUCUGCAAUAUUUAGCCCCUUCUUCAAGACAUAGUAAGGAGGAUUUUUAUCGUUAUUCUCCAAAUCCUGCUCUACAAUUAUUCAAGGGGUGGAGGAGAGCAAUUGAGCUUUAAAUAAAGAUGUAGGCUUUGCCUCUUGGAGAGUUAUGCCUUGCACAAGUGCUACUCAGUGGAAAAAUGCUGUAAUGUAAGGCCCAGAUGGUGCAAAAUUUUCCUACGUAACUGCAUUUCAACUUCUGUUUGAAAUUAGCGAUGAGUACCUCCUGAAGUACUGCUUGACUUUGGGACAGGUUUAUCAAUAACCAAUACAUCUGGUGCUCAGAUCUCACUUGUCUUUCACUUUCACUGUGUCGGUUGUGCCAGUGCCUACCCCAGCCCUCAGCUCACCAGGCUGGCCUGCUGCUCCUACACUGGAUGCUGUGUAAUCAGCCACACACCGGGUCAGUGCAAAUUCCUUUAUUUUCUGCAGUGAUGGUAUCUGUAGAAAUUUAAGAUGUGAGACCGAUGAUUUUUUUUUUUAAUUUUUUUCAUCUCUUUCUGAAAUGAGGAAAUAUGGGGCUUAAUUCACCAAAGGCCUAAGCUGUGGGCAACUUCCUUCCAGUACCUGAAAGGAGUUUAUAGACAGGAGCGGGACUGACUUUUUACAUGGUCUGAUGGUAAUAGGACAAUGGGGGAUGGCUUUGAACUAAAAGAGAGGAGAUCUAGGUUAGAUGAUAAGAGAAAAUUCUUUACUCAGAGGGAGGUGAGGCACUGGCAGAGAGAGAACUCUGGCCCAGAGAGGUUGUGGGUGCUCCAUCAACUGGAGGUGCUCAAGGCCAGGUUGGAUGGGGCCCUGGGCAGCCUGACCUGCUGGGUGGCAACCCUGCUCAUAGCAGGGGAGUUAGAACUAGAUGAUCUGAAAGGUCCCUUCCAACCUACGCCAUUCUGUGAUUCUCCCCACGUUGCCACCUCCUCCCAGGUUUUGUAAGGAAAUGCACAGAUGCUGAGGCAGUUCCAACAGCAUGAAGGUUCAGAGCCUUUCCCUCUUGCAGGGCUCUUGGGCAGCUCUCAGCAGCUGCACAUCUACAGCAUCAGUUUCUUCUCCCAGAAUUGUGGUAAGCACGGGCAUUUUGUGGUAUUGUCCCAUACAGAAUUUACUUUCAACUAGAAACUUGGUAAGUUACAUGAUCAUCGGGGUUUUCUUUUAAAGCAUAGGGCUAAACUGAUUUUAAGCCAGGUCCAACUGACAGAACUGGGCUAGCGCAGCACAGCUGUCUCUUUGUUCUUAAUUUGCUGUCAGUGAGAAGAUGGGAGCCUGCCCUGGCAUCGUGCUGCGGCGCUUCAGCGGAUGUGGCUGCGUUUGCCACAGAGGGUUACACGAGGGCCAUUGGAGCAGGGUUCUGUGCCGUGAUGUCACUGACGCCAUUUUGUUGGCAUUCAGGGCCCCUUCGGCCUCCUCUCCCCACGGCUGUGAGGCAGCGGUUGCCUCGCGGCCCUCUCUCACACAGGGCCUAUUGCAUUGCUUCCCUCUGUGGCGUUUUUAACUAUGCGGGGGUAUUUUUGGUUUGUUUGCUUUCCUGUGUCUUGGUUUACAGACUGGCCACUGAUAGAGAUGAUGGAAAAUUCCCCGUUUCCAAUGACAGACCUCCUUAGGGAUUAGGUGGUAUUUUAAAUCCUCUGGUGCAGACAAAAUGGCAGAAGUCUUCAUAUUUGUUUGGGUUUCUUUGCCCCUGAAAGGCCCUGCCUCCUCUGCUCAUACAGGCCCAUAAGAGAUGAGCGAUUGUGUUAUUAAUAUUUACAGUCUUGCUGACUAAAAAUGAAAGGUUCAUCAAUUAAUUGUGUAUCUUUUGCCUCUAAGUCUUGUCAGCAGUUCAACUGAGUAAAUAUUGGAAUGAAUAUGAGUUGGAGCUGUCCCUAGAUGAGUCACGGUAAACAGUUUAAUGCCUGUCAUCUAAAUAUAUAAUCCUAGGCUUCUACAUUGCAUUUAAUUCUGCAGGUUCUGAGCAUCUCCCAGAUCAAGUCAGCAGUAAUUCUCUGGUGGACUUCAUAGGGUAUAUUUAGGGUUGAAACUGUGGCUAUAGGAAAAACAUUAUUUGUGUCUUUCUCUGUAGGUCUAUAUAAGUAUAGAGGUAACAGUGUCUCAGCUGGUGGAGAGAGAAGUGAUUUAAUGUCUGCGUUCUCAAGGAGCAGGCUCCCUUCCCUUAAAUUUGACAAAUUCUGCUACUGACUUCAGAGGAUUCAAGUUUAUAGCAUUUUAUCCUGGAAACUUAAAGUCAAUUCUAAAAAGAAAAAAAAUGAAAUGAUGCAACUCAGUCAGGAGCAAAACUGAAGGGGAAGGUUAUUCUGAAUAUUAAUAUGGCAGAAAGGACUGUAAGGCAAAACUUCCUCUGAAGCCCAGCAAAAAGAGAUUUGAUGUAGAAUGUGGAAUUCAGUCAUGAGAAGGCUCGGGCUAGCUCUGUUUAUAUUUCAAAAGUAGCCUUCCAAUUUCUACCAUGCUUUUAAAUUGUUUCAGUUUAGGUGUUUUCCUUGCUUUAUUUCAUUAUUCAUAUUUAGGUGUCUCUUAUUAAUAAGAAAUAAGUGGAUCCAAAUUCAGCUCCCACAUGCACAGGAGAAUAUGGAUUCUAACAGCAGAAAUUGACUUAGAUGAUUAGUUUUGUGUGUACGUGUGAAUUCAUAUUUUGCUAGGCAUGUUAACUUAUUUCCCUUCUGGUGACUGCAAAUAUAUUGUUUCUAUGGCACCAUGACACAGGUGUCAGCCUCCAGAAAAUGGAGCACAAUAGGAAAUGCACAUCUUAUAGUCCUAAUACGAAUCACUAUUUGCAUUACUGAAUGAGGGAGCACUCAGGUACAAGACAGAUAUUUCACAGUUUAUUUAUGUUAAUAUUUUGUCUUCUACGUGGACUUCAUGUCUCUUUGGUCCUGUAUUUAUUUUUUUAAAUUUACAUGUUUUGCUUAAAGCAAAAGAGAGAGAGAUUACAUCUCUGCUUGGCUCAUGACCUAGUUAUUGUUGCAUUUAUAGGGGGAAAAAAAAAAAGCAGGAUUGUAUCUCUCUGCUUCUUUGCUUCUCCUCCAGUACAAAACUAAGAAACUGCACAGGUAUUCAGUGGCAGGGAAUAACAGCAAAAGCUGUUAUUGGUCCUUGCUACCUGGUCCUUGCUACCGUUCCUAGUUUCAAAGAGGGUUGCAUUGGGGAAGUAACCUAAAUUGUUACUGGUGAACUUCUUGCCUUAUUUUUUUUUUCUUUCUUCAGAUAAUGGUUUUCAGAGAAAACUAAAGCAAUAAUUAGUAGGCUGUUGGAAUAUUGAAAUGAGUGUGGAGACACUUGUGACAAGAUGUUGAACUUUGUAUUUAAGGAUGGCCUUUCUUGCUGCUCAUGAUAAAGAUUGCCAUUUCUCUGGAGGGGCAUGCACAGUCUUUACGUCGCUGGUUAAAUUUAUCUCACAUGACCAUCUACCCUUAAAAUACUGUGACUUCAUUCUUUUUCUUUCUGGAUGGAAAAACUGGGGUUUUGGGGAACUGUGAGGAGAGAAACAGGUUUAGCCUCUGGCCAUCUAGAAACCUACCUGUGUCUCAAAGAGUACAGUUUUUUGGUUUUUUUUCUCAUCCUGGACUCUCAGGAAUGACUUCAGUUCAUCUGCUCUGCAGUCAGAAUUGGAUUAUCAGAACUUUUCAAAUCUGUACUAAUGUACCUUCAGAGGAGGCUGUGGAAGAGUAACCCAGAACAGCUUGGUGUGUCCCAAUGCACCCUCACAAAAUAAGAGGUGAAGUGUUUACUUGAAAAGUCCUUCUCUCAGGCCAUGAUUUGCAGCUGAGGACUUAGACAUCAAAAGAACUUUAAACUCGUUGAAAUGCCUGAAUAGAAAGGAGGUAGCUUUCAAAUUACCCAAGGAGAAAGCUCCUUGGAGUCUCAUGUUCUUACUAGCGUAGGGUAGGAACAGUUAGGAGAAACACAGGCACGCAGUCAGUGUUGAGGGAGGUUUAUUUCAAAUAGGUACCACUUGCUUACAAGAGGUUAUUUGGACAGUGCUUACAGUUUGUCAUUGCUCCUGGAGGGAACAGAAUUGCAGGUCUGAGCUUGCAUGAGGCUAGCUGAGCUAAUUAUGGCUUGCAGGGUGCUGCUGCCAAGCACCAGCCCUGAGCUUGGUGCCAAGUGCUGCUGCUUAAGGCCACUUGUGUUAGCUCGGGUAGUAGAAGCAGUGCGGCUGCAAAAGUGCCAGGUGCACUUUUACUGAAGAGAUAAGCAGGCUGUGGUUUCCCCCUUCCUUUCUGGGCAGGAUGUGCAUGCUUACUUUGAGUGCAGCUGGCCGUUCCACCUGCCAGGAGCUGGAGCAUUAUGGCAGUUGGGCCCUGGUGUAACCAGUCUGGUAACCAGAGGAGAUAUGUUCCUGGGCAGAGCAUUUGCUGAUGGAGCUGUGUUGUUCCAGCUCUUUCACGAGCUGCGUUGUGUCCUAUGAGUGUGCCCCGAGAGCAUUAUUUUAUUCCAGCCUCUACAGAGAAGCAAGAGUUGAAAUUCUUGUCUUGAAAUCUGGCUUUUCUGGGGAUAGUCUCUAACAUAAAUCUAGAAUCAUGAGUUUCUCUGUCACUGAACACGUUACAGAAAGAUAUGUGGUUCCUAAGCACAAUGGAGGUUUAAAUGCAGAACCAGGAAAAUUGGAUUCUUAUGCAAGUUGGUGUUUGUAAAAUACUCUCUCAGCUCUUCCUGGAGGCCUUCAUGAUUGCUGGGUGAGAACAGCGGUGUUGGCUGAUUCCUGCAAUGAGAAGGAAUUUGGCAUGCAAAGGGGAAAUAGCAAGGCCAGAAAGGAGGUGGGGACUGCAUGUUGACCUGUGCUCAAAUCCCAAACAGCUGCUGCAGUCAAGACCUGAGUGCACCAGAAAAAACGUUCUGAAAUAAAGCUAAUAUAGUAAAGUUCUGAACUUCAAAUCUGGAUCCGUUGUUAGGGGAGAAUACGGCAUUAGCAUGUCAAAUGCAAACGUGACAGAUCAUCGAUAACUGCUAAGUAUUUGUUUAGACUGGUAAAUUUCAUUCUACAACUGUCGUGGCUUCAUGUUGGUACCACUGUGAAUAUCCAGACUGAGUAGCUGCUAGGUUUAAAGAUCAGGCACUGUAAACUCCAUUUACAGCUGUGUUUGUGCCUUAACAAAUGCACCAGUGUUAUUGGAACCACUGAUAGCUCUUUUAACAUAAAGUAGCUUUUGAGUUGCCCCUGCUUUCUUGGAAGCCUGGUUGGCCAAACACUAGGCUGUUCAUAUCUUUUGUAGUUUCUCCAGUUGUCAGGAAGAAAGAAACUUCUAACUCAGCAUAAGGCCAGAACUGUGUUGAAAUCAUUGUCCGUCUUUAACAGAUUUUUGAUCUAAGAAAAACAAAUCUGAUGCUGGUAGGUGUUUGCUUUGGGCAUGACAUCAGGAAAAUAUACAGGACUCUGCGUAAUGGCAAAAGCUGGGAAGCCACUUUUAAGUAAUUACGUUAGCUAAGCGUGAUAUUAAGAGAUAAAGAAAUGUUUUCGUAACAGCAUAUUGGGAUUCCAGACCUCUUUCUAUACAUCAAAUAUGUAAAGAUCACGACUCUGUGUUACUCUGACUGGGAGAAUUACAUUUUUGUUAAGAAAAGACAAUUAAAUUAGUUGUUUGAUAUGUCAUUGAGAACUUCUGUUACUUGAUGUGAAAUGAGACCACGCAGGCUGGUUCUGUGGCACCGGGGCAUUCCCCUGUGCUGGCUCAAUUCUCAGCUGAGCAAUUAAGGCAACUUCUCAGCUCUCUGUGCCCCAAGAGCAGCUCAGAAAUACGAGAACAGGACCCAGAAUUUGGCUCAUAGUUUGAAUCCAAAUGAGCAGUCAAUGAAAAGAAAAAAAAGAAGCCAAACCUGUGCUGCUUUAUAAGGCUCUUGACCCGCAUGCGGUAGAUGAGGUGAAUAGCUGUUGCUUGUGGAGUGGUGCCCGUGUUCUGGGAACAGCAGCAUGGGCUGUCAGGCUGAUUGAGCCCAAUGGUGAUGGGGGUGAUGUCAGAAAACACGUCAGCUGGGGACCUUGUUAUGGCCAGAACACAUCGCUGCCAUUUCACUCCAUUCAUAACCACGCAUUUUAGAGGAAGGUGAGCUGCUUGUGGAAAAAGAGAACCGAGCUCUUAAAAGGGUUUUAUAAAAAAGCUAGAGAGACUGGAAUUGUCUCUCUUAGGUGAAAUGGAGAUGUUUGAAGGAUUGUUUUGUGCCGCAGUCAGGCGUUUGCUGGAAAGCGUACGUGAGGCAAAGCUGUAGAAACUAUUUUUAGAAUGUGAAAUGGAGAAAGUGCCCCAGGUUGGGAACUACCAGGCUUCCUUCCAUGGCUGGCACGACCCUCUGCCAAGAACCAGCCAUGGGCUUCACGUAGCGUGUCCCAUGUUGGGAGAGCAGCCCAGGGCUUCUCUUGUUCUGCGGUGGUCUUUGCUGUGGUGUUUGCAGCUGGCUUUGGGAUAAGAGGGCCUCCCCUGGCCUUCCUUGCUCCCCAAAAAGCCAGGAGCGGCGGUUCACAGGUCUGAGGUGCCAGGAAUGGGGCGAGAGCUGGAGAGCUGUUGGUUUCCAUGCAGUCUGUUGGCUGUGUUGCAGAACUCCCUUUCUCUCCUUGUAGCUGAGGGCAGUAGUUUAGCAAGAACUGAGCAUGUUGUGUGUUUUGUUUACUAAUAAUUUUAUGUAGUCACUAACAUACAGAUCCAGAGGCUUCUGGGUGUGAAUACCACUGACUAAAAUCAGAUGUAGGCUUCCAAGUGGCUUCUGAAAUGCUUUUAAGAAUGACACCCCAUAUCUCAGACUCACUCAGCUGUUUGAUUCAAGACCCUUUUCCUCUUUUUCGUAUUGUUUUUUUUACUGUCUGUUUUGGGGAGAAACAUAGUUUUCGUUCUAAUGUUCUUCUUUCUAUGGUGAAGUAGUGGUACAGCAUGCAGUGCAUUUUAAGGGCUAAUUUUCUUACCAUACAUUUGUAAGAAUCUGUCUUGACAGCAUUUUGAAUGUAGGAAGAGGCUGAAAAUGGGUUUUCUGCAUCUGAACUGCUGCAGCAGUUUAACAUUUUGUAGCUAUGAAUAGCAGCAAUGCAACCGUGUAAAAAUAGUAACUCUCUGCAGAGAGAACGAAACUUUUCUUUCCUUUGUAAUGCCUUGAGAUUACAGAUAUCACCGGGGACCUCAGUGAGUGGAUCAGAUAGGAAGUGUUCAAAAAGCAGGAAGUCUUAUCCACAACAAAUAACCUGCGAACAAAAAUAGCGACCGAGGACAGAUUAUCAUUAACAGCAUUUGGUGGAAUAGAGAUGAAACUAUUACGCCUCAGAGAAACAUAUCCUAUAAUAAUAGUCUCGGCUACUGAGCAUGAUUUGUUUUUUGUGCUUUAGAACUAGUUUUGUGACUCAGGCAUGAACAAUCUGGAUAUUGUUGAUUGCAUAAAAUCUGAUUCUCUGAAUGUAAUGUAAGUUCUCAAUGUCUGCAUUUUGUUCCUGUACUUUUACUUUAGUUUUCCUUGCAAUUCCAGGUGCUCCUUCUAGGAGGAAGAAAAAAAGUUCAAUCCAUGUAGUAAAACCUCGAGUUGUGAUGUUUGCUCUCCAGAGUUCAGCAAACCAACCAGAGCAGCAAGCUCUGGUUUCUUGCAUCACUGGGGUUUGAGAUACUUGUGUUUAGGGUUUUUUUUUCCCCCACGGUGACUGUGUGAUAAACAAAUAGGUGUGAUGUAUGCCUUAAUGCCUAUGUACUGCAGAGAUAAUGUUUUCACACACCAGAAAUAGGGCAGAUUUCUCUCUUAUCCAAGAGAGCACCUGCAAUAGCCACUAAUUCCGUGAAGUCCCUCAGCCAUUUGCAAUUAAAAAACAUGUUCUGCAGCUGGCUUAGUUGGCUGUAACAUUUGUUUUUCAGGGAGGUCCUGAUUUCACUCAUUUUUACAAAGUUUUAUAGAGGUCAAGUAAUCCAUGCUUUCUGCCAAAGAGCUAAUUCUCUGCUGCAUACCACAACUGCAAACAAGUUUGAAAAUAGAAUUGCAAAAUGUGGUCAGUCAACCGAAGAGCAAAGUUUAUCCAAGACAGCAAAACUUGUACAACUGGCUGAGGUACAGGGGAGAAGCAGUGAGAGCAGCUUCUCAAUGUAGUUCAGUCCUGUUUGCAUUACUGGAGUGUAACGAGCAGAUGUAGCCUGUUCCUCUUUUUAAAAUGUAAAGGCACCUACUUUAGAGCAAGCAACUUUCUUCCAGUACAAUUGCAAGCAUCAGAAGGAGCAGGCAACACCCCUCCUCCCAGAACAGCAUCCAACCAACAGAGCACAAGUGGAGGUAUCUCACUGCCCCCCUCUUUCCGUGCUUGGAGGAGUUGUAUAAUCAUGCUUUCAAAGCAAUGGAGAACCACGUUUCAUGAGAAAGGAGAGCAUUACAUGGGGUCCUUCCUGACUUCAGUUCAUGCCCUUUUUCUCACCAGAACUCUGAGGGAAGGCUGGUGCUGGGCUGUGCAAGGGGCUGGCACUGACCUAGACACCUUGCCCAGCCAAUGCCUGUGCCCUAGCCCUCCUGGCCAGGGGAAUGCAGCGUGGCACACUUGCAUAGUCCAUGUGCUUCAUGGCAACGCAGUGCUAGAGUUGUGCCUCUUUGCUGGAAUAAAACAUCUUAUGGCAUUCACUAUUGGCUUUUCUUAAUGCCAUGUUCCCGAGUACUCAAAUGGUUUUGUGGCUGUAAUGGGUAUAGCAGCUACUCAGAAGCUUGGAUGUUGUUGGAGUGAUUUAAGCGCAAGUACUGCGUUAGCACAGUAUUCUCUGUGUAUGCUGCAUGUACUUGUUUGUAGCCUAAUGGCAGUAUUUGUAUGAUUUUUUUCCUCUCUAAUUCUCCUGUGUGGAGCCAGGGCUUGGACCCGAUGAUCCUUGUGGGUCCCUUCCAACCUGGGAUGUUCUGUGAUUUAUUUGUAAAUCCCCACGGGAGAACUUACACACAGGAGAGACAAAGCUCUAAAACAAAAGAUUUGUGUGUGGGUCACACAACCAAGCGCUUGCACAGAGAUUCCCAUCUUCAAAGCACUGAGCACGUUUGUUAAUUAUACUAUACUAGCCUUUGAGGUUAUCAGGCACUUAUUAAUAAUACUGUUUUAUAGGUGGAGAAACUGAGUCAAAGAAGUUAUGCAAUUUACUUGGGAUUAAAGAGAGUCAUAACAGCAAGUAGAACAUACGCUGCUGUGUUGUACAGCAGCACCCUGCUACCUCAGUGCUGCUGUCUGUAGGUCCUGCGGUACAGGACAGCCUGCUGGUGGCUCCAGGAGUGCCCCAAAGUGAACCCACAACUUUCUCACAAUGUAAAGCACUAGCUGCCCAAUGGAGGCAGGAUUGCCUCUCAGUUAGGCCCUUGUAUAAUACAAGGGACUUGCUGAACACUUGCAGUUGUGCCUAAGCCAGCACAUGUUGUUUUUCUCCUACCACUGCUUGCUUCUGGGUUUUCUCGUGGAGUAGCACUUACACGUGUAUCUUUCUGCUCUUCAGAGUGAGUUUUCAACCCACUACUAAGCUUUAACCAUAUCUGACAGCAGGCUUGAGGUCUCAAAAAAUCCUGUAUGUUCUGUAAAAAUAUGUGGCUGAUUAGAUGAGACAGAUUCUUCUAUUUAGUGAAGGGCUCCUCUGUUUGCUUAUCAGACAGAGGAGAGCAUACGUAAGAGAGCCCUGCUCAGAGUUUACCCAGUAAUGCAGCCACCAGGAGAACAAUGUGGGACUGAAAUCCAAAGAACAGCCCGUUCCACCAGAUUUGCUCCCCUUGGAACUGCUCGUUUCUUUUCCUUUUCUUGAUUAUUUUUUUUUCUUUAAUGUAACAUCUCUUGUGUCCGCCAUAUUAUAUGUUGCAGUUCUGGAUGCUCUGAUGUGGACACAAAAAACCUCUGUCACAACAUGGGCCCAUCUGAUAACUGCUGUGUGACCAUGCGACUGCUUCGUUUUGGGGGCAGUUGAAACUGCUUUGGUGGAUCUGAUGAAAAAUGAGUAAUAAACACGUGAUCAAAUGGGACGUGAGCACUGGAUAUCCACCAAAAUGCGAGGUGUGGUUCUUUCCAUUGCUGACAAGUCCUGAUUUUCCUACAGCACCUAUGCUUCUUUUUGGAUGGUGGAGGCUUCUGAAACUGGAUGGUCCUCUUUCCUGUAAAUGACGUCGUCUUGUUAAAGAAGAGUAUUAUUGUGUAACAUGAUUAAAUUACAUGUCAAGAAGUUAUACCAGUAGCUGCCCUGUUGUUAAGGGUUGAGGAUGAGGUCAGGUUAAUUAUUAAUUACUACUUUUAUGACCAAUAACAAUGCCAUGAAUACCUCUUGUGAUCUGUGACAGCUGCCCCACCUGGGCUCUGGUGCUUUGUCCUCACGUGCUGAGGCUGCCCAUGCCUGGCCCUGAACACCCUGCUGCCUGUCCCCAGGCUCAGGCCCUGUCUGCUGAGAACUGGGCCCACCAGAACAGUUCUCUCCUGCAUCGCAUUGAUGCUGCCUCCAGCUUCUGAGAGAAGGAGGAGCCUGAGAUCAAGCACCAUUUUCCAAUAUUAAUAGUCUUUUCUUAAAUCUAAAGAGAUGUGGAAGGUUCCUGCUUGUACUCCCUACCCAAAGGUAGUGCUAAUUUGAACUGAUCUUGAGAGGUCUUUGCUUAAGCUGUUCUCAGCAGCCUGAAGGGGCAGUCGCCCCACAGUCUCAUUAGGAGAGCAUCACUGUGCCUUACCCUGUGCAGGAACUCUCUGCUGUUCUUGUGAGAUGAGGCAAGGAAAUGCUGAGGGGGAGGACAACUGUGUUCCUCAGUCUCCAGGUGGCUCUGGUCAUUUGCUGUUUAGCACAAAAGAGGAAGUUGCAAAAGGGCUGUCAGGCACUGCAGCCUUUUUUCAGUAGGUGUGGGUCAGUGCCUGCUGUUCUGAAGUCCAGGUACCCUCACCUGGGGCUGUGCUCAUGACACAGAGCACAUACCUUGUACCUGAGGGAACAGCGCUGUGCUGCCCUGCAAGCAUGAGGCAGAGUUUGCCCUACGCUUUUUCCUGUUGAUCACUCAUGCCUCAAAGGUUGCAUGUACGUGGUGCACAAGAUGUUCCUGUGCGUCUGGAUUUGUGUUCAUGAAGUAGCUAGACAAAAGCUGCUGCUGAAGCGUGAAGGACUUAGUCAUCCAUGCGGUGCCCUUCCAGGUUUGUGGCUGGUGAUAAAAGUGAUUUGGGUUUGGACUGCUGCUGGGAGAGAGGGAGAAGCAGAUGCAUGGUUUUGUGAAAUAAGGGUUGAAGUCUCAUUUUUCUUUUUACCAGUGUUAAAAUUCUUAAAUUUUCAGCACGUAUCUAGUGAAGUGGCAAAGGAUAGAGAUGGAAGUUAAACUAAACACCUCCUCCAGUGUUCUGAUCAAUGGUUACAAAUCCUGAGCAAUGCAUUUGGCAGUAGACGUGGCAGACACUGCUGUACCCAGCAGUGAGCUCUGAAGACCUGUUCUGUGCUCAGCUCCUGCUGGGAAACCUCAGCAAAUCCCCCCAGUCCUGCUUGUGACAGGUUCCUUAUCUGUAAAAGGUCCGAUUGUGCUGGCCUCCUUUGUAGAUAAAGAGCGUGUAUUUUAAGGUCUGCUUUGUGAAGAACAUGUAAUACUCUAGCAGAAUUUCUUACACUCUGCUCCACGGCAAGAAGUGGAUAAAUGACAUGAAAUGAAAGCUAACAGGUAACAUUUGCAGUGCUUCUGCAUGGGCCUGCAUGUAGGGGUGGGUCGCUCUUCCUUGCUCCAGAGACUGGGGCUGUGGCUGGGAAUGAGGUGGGACUGGGACUGAAUGGCUGCAGCAUGGCACUGCUGACUGCAACCCACCUCCCAGCUGUGCCAUCCUGCAGCACUUAGAAACCCAGCUCUCUGUGCAAGCACUGUUCAUUUUGUGUUGCUUUGCAGUUGGUUCUGUGACUGGUGCUUAUUGGGAAUAGGUGAAAUGCAUGGCUGGUUUGUAUUCAGAAGUUUUCUUUAGGUAUCACUAGAUUUUAUGUUCUUUCCCACAAAGUUACCUUUUUGUUGUUUUGGUUUUGAUAUUUUUCUGUACUCAUCUUCUGUUUGAUAAUGGAUAAUACGUGAUCAUCUUAGAAUGGAAGAAUUUUAACCCAUUAAUUAAAUGGGUCAAAAAUUACUUAUAUGUCACAUCAUUGAAGCCUACAAAUGAAGGCCCUCAUAGACAUUCAUGCCAUGAGAACUCAGAUGUACACAUCUUUUAUUAUUGUUGCCUGACUAAGAAGGUCAUCAGCUUUGUCAGAACACUGAAAUCCGAAUCCCUCUUCAUUGAGAGCACAGGCAAUUUUAUCUUUGAGUGGCAAAGGGCAAAGAUUCUACUAAAAAUAUAGUUUCCAACCUCUGAUUGCAGAUGCUUCUGUUUGCGCUAUUUCUCAUUUAAAUAGCUGUAAAAUGUGAUAUAUAGGUUUAAACAGCUACCAUAUCAAAGGCUUUACAUUUCAUUAUUACUUGUUAAAAUUAAAAUGCAAUAGUAGUAAUAGUGCUUCACUUUUAUCUGAUUAUCAAAUGAAUUUUAUGCUGCUUCAAGCCAAGUGAAAUAAUUUUAACGUUUUAAAGGCAACUAUUAAGUUGCUUUAUAUCAUCCCAACAAGAUACUCUUGGAUACGCAAUAAUUAACCUCUUGUUCCAUCCUUACUGCACUUAGGAAGAGCUGUGGAGUUCUUUGCUGGGGGAGCAGUGGGUGGGAGCUGCUUCCUGCACCAUGCCUCCCAUUGGCCAUGGGUGUUAGUGCCAGUGCCCAGGGGAAUGAGGCUCUUUGCAGGACAUCUGGGGAGUGUUUUCCUUCAUUAGCCUUCGCCAGUUAAAAGUUUUCUCCUUCAAAUCUGCUUUGGGAACCUGAUGCUUUCCUCAAGAACAACGUGUUUGGUCUGGCAGAACUUCUAAAUUGUGGUAUGGUGGUGGGAGAUAGCGCUCACUCUGUGAGUUGUCAGGGAGGUCUGUAAAUGCUCCACUGGAGGGAGGAUCAUAGAAUGGCUUGGGUUGGAAGGGACCUUAAAGGUCGUCAGGUUCCAACCCCCGCAUGGAUAGAGUUGCCAGCCACUAGAUCAAGUACCACACCAGGCUGCCCAGGGCCACAUCCAACCUGGUCUUGAACACAUCCAGGAGCAGGGCACCCACAGCUCUCUGGGCAGCCUGUUCCAGGACAUCACCGCCCUCCCUGUGAAUAACUUCCACCUGACAUCUAAUCUAAAUCUCCCCUUGUUCAGUUUAAAGCCAUUUUCCCUUGUCCUGUCGCUAUCUACCCAUAUAAAAAGUUGAUUUCCCUCCUGUUCGUAAUCUCUCUUUAAAUAUUGGAAGGCUGCCUUCUCUUUUCCAGUCUGAACAAGCCCAGCUCCCUCAGCCUGUCUUCCCAGGAGAGGUGCUCCAGCCCUCUGAGCAUCUUCGUGGCCCUCCUCUGGACCCUCUCCAGAAGAUCUACAUCUUUCCUGAGGUGAGGCCCUCAGACCUGGACACAAUGCUGAGCUGGAUAAAUGCAACACCACGUGGUCUGUCAGCUCUUGCAGCAGAACAGGAUCUUACUAGGAUGUCAGCGCACAGUUUUGGGGCAUUUGCAGGCUUUUUGAAACUGAUUCUUGGCCUGUUGAUACAAAUGACUCGAACUCUGCUCCUGCUGUCAUUCCCAAGGCCUUCAGCCCUGCCUCUUGCUGUGUGCUCCCUGCUCCCUGCCCGCCCUCCCAUUGCAGGAGCUCUCGUCUUCUCCCCUACAGCUCCAUGGACUGCAAGCAGGAUGGCAGCCAUGCCCACCCGCCGUGCUGCCCUGACAUUCUGCUCCCCACGCCUGUUUCCAGCUUUUGUGAGCUCUGCCUUAAUGCCACAUUUGCAGUUCCUUUGCUGAAGCUCUUAUGCCCACUUUUACCUCAUUGGCAGACCUGAAUAACUGCACAGAAAUGCUAUUGAGAGCUUUUCCACUUCCUUGCUGCUGAUGGCAGUGCAUCCAGGGUUUGUAUUGACAGAUUAAUUUGUGAAUCAGUGCAGCAGGGGCUGUUGCUGGAGGCUGCUCCCCAGCACGCUGCGUGGGAUCCUGCAUUGUCUGACUCCGAGCCCGUUUGAUCGCUGUAGGGGGUCAACUGUUUGACUCCAGCCUUUUUUUUAUGUUUGUAUUUCUCGAAGGCAAAUAGAACUGAAUAAAAAAAGAAAUUGGAGGGACCAAAGUGGAGCAUUCUCAUGAAAAAAAAUAGUUGCAAAAUACAAUGCACCUUUUGUGCUAAAGUUUGUGGGUGGAGGCAGGGCUUGCGGGAAUGGACAGCGCCGUUCUGCUGAGGUUGAUGAAAUGGCUUUCUUCACCUACAGAAAUGUUUUGAUUUUAUAUUUUCCGUUGGUCUUCUUGAGGAACAAAUGUGCAUGGGAGUUACAGAGGACACCUCUCCAGGACCCUGCUGGCUUCUGCCUGAGGGUGGCAUGAUCCUCAUGCUUCCCCUUCACCCUCAAGGUGCAAACGUGCUCUCAAGCUUUAGUACAGGUCACUGCUGUGGAGCUGACAGCAGCCCAGCAAGAGUCCCUAGCUCUGCUCACAGCAAUGUUCUUUUGGAACUGUCUUUAACUACGGGAAUUCUAUUUUUGUGCCUAUAUUCACAUGGGAGUUCUGCUGGUGGAAGCAACUGGCAAGGCAAGCGCUAUUCCUUGAGACAAGGGGCACACACUGAAAUUGGUUUGUACUUAAAGAUCAUCUGUGGCGUUUCGAUAGCCUGGACUGCUUGGGAUGUUUGUGCUUGAGUUUCAAGUUCAGUAAAGUUAGCAGUUUCUGGCUGUGAGCAGCUGUGAAUGGCCAAACGUUGUUCAAAAGUUGUGUUGUAGCUGGAAAAGUAGACUGUGUCCUUUAGAGGAUCACUUGAGUCUGAGGACAGUUAUUUUUACUCUUCCAUUUUGUUCUAGCUAAAUAUUUGUACUUGCUCUCAGAACAAUAGCUCCCACCACACUGAAGCCUUUGCCCAUUGCAGAGCUUUUCAUACCUCCUCUGUAGCGAUCCAUGCAGUGCCCGAGGGUCUCAUCUGCUUAGUUUAGCUAAAUAUAGACUUUUCAAGCCCUCGUACAGACCCUAAUCCAUACCUUUACUAAGCUUGACAAGCUGAAUCCAGUGACAUAAGCAGCUGAUGCAGCUUUAUGGGUAGAGGAAUCCCCUACAUUCUGUUACGCCUGUUCUAAUCUGCCAGGGUUUGUUUAAAUUUCCUAGUGCUUAAUCUGGAAUUUCACUGCCUGUACGUACUUGACUCCGAUGGCUGUGUUGUUGUGAUGAUUUUUUUCCUGUCUGCAAACUUACUCUUCGGUUUUCCAUGCUGUCUGCCCAAGGAGACCUGAUGAUUUUGUGUAUUUUCAAGUAACUGUUUAUUAUGAAAAACAUGGGCCAAAUCUGCGACUGCUUUUACAUGAUUCAGAAACAGUUUGGUGCCUGCCAGCAGUGCUGCUGCUCCGUUUGCAGGUUGCACUCACACAAAUGAGAAGUUAUCCAGGUUUAGUUGUUCCCACCUUUGCUCUUCGGUUUGGGAAGGGCUGGGUCCCAUACUUGCAGUGGUGGCUGCAACAGGAUGGUUGUCCGCAAAGGUUUCUGGCAGAAUCUUGCUUUGACAAAAUAUUUACGAUGGUUACAGAAAAGAUUUAUUUCCGUAUCUUAACCUUUUUGACUUUUUCCAGUUUGGUGGGGUUUUUGUGGAUGCUGUUUUUCAAAAGCAAAGAUUUGUGGCUUGUAAUCCUGAUCCUUACAGUUACGCAUCGCUGCAUGACUUCAAUUCAAAAUGGCUUCAAACGCACCUUUGUUAAAGACAGAGGGUCACAGUGUAUUUUGUUACCUACCUCUGGAUCAGAACAGGCUGCUAGAGCCCAUGAAUUCCGCUCUUCCUGUGCUCAUCACCAGCAGUGUGCAGGAAGGCUGAACACUACUGCAUAUACAGAGCUGAAAUUUCCAUGCUGUGUGGGUGUUGAAGAAGAGGAGGCACCAGAUAUUGACAUCUAUCAUUGUCCAAAUUGUGAGAAAACUCACGGGAAGUCUACUCUGAAAAAGAAAAGAAAUUGGCACAAACACGAUACUGGGCAGAGUACAGAGGUCAAGCCAGUACAGAAUGGAAGCCAAAUCUUUAUAAAGGAGCUUCGAAGUCGCACUUUUCCAAGUGCUGAAGAUAUAGUAGUGAAAGUGCCAGGCAGCCAGCUAACAACAGAGUAUUUGGAAGAAAAUGGCUUCACAGAGCCCAUCCUUGUUCCCAAGAAGGAUGGCCUGGGAUUGUCAGUGCCUGCACCUACGUUCUACGUCAGCGAUGUUGAAAAUUAUGUCGGACCAGAGAGAAGCGUUGAUGUCACGGAUGUCACCAAACAGAAGGAUUGCAAGAUGAAGCUCAAGGAGUUUGUGGAUUACUACUACAGUACCAACAGGAAGAGGGUGCUCAACGUGACCAACCUGGAGUUCUCAGACACCAGGAUGUCCAGUUUUGUAGAGCCUCCAGAUAUAGUGAAGAAGUUGUCCUGGGUGGAAAACUAUUGGCCUGACGACGCUCUUCUGGCCAAGCCAAAAGUGACCAAGUACUGCCUGAUCUGCGUGAAGGACAGCUACACGGACUUCCACAUAGAUUCGGGAGGAGCUUCUGCGUGGUACCAUGUGCUGAAGGGAGAAAAAAUAUUUUAUCUCAUCAAACCAGCCUCCGCAAAUAUUUCUCUCUAUGAACGCUGGCAAUCGGCAGCAAACCACAGCGAAAUGUUUUUUGCAGACCAGGUAGAUAAAUGUUACAAAUGCACGGUUAAACAAGGACAGACACUCUUCAUUCCUUCAGGUUGGAUUUAUGCAACUCUUACACCUGUGGAUUGCCUGGCCUUUGCUGGACAUUUUCUUCAUAGUCUAAGUGUUGAAAUGCAGAUGAGGGCAUACGAAGUAGAAAGACGGUUGAAAAUUGUCAGUCUAACCCAGUUUCCAAACUAUGAGACUGCAUGUUGGUACAUGGGAAAGCAUCUACUAGAAACAUUCAAAGGUUUGCACAAAGCUGGGCAACAACCUCCUGCUCAUUUACUUCAAGGAGCAAAAAUUCUCAAUGGUGCUUUCAGGUCAUGGACUAAAAAACAGGCUUUAGCAGAGCAUGAAGAUGAACUACCUGAGAACUUCAAACCAGCACAGCUUAUCAAGGACCUUGCCAAAGAAAUAAGAUUAAGUGAGAAUGCUUCGAAAGCCAGCAAAGCAGACACGAGUGCCAACACGAACGCUGAGGAGAUCUGCCCCGUGGAAAAGGAGGAGGCACCAUCACCUAUCCAAGUGACACCACCAUCCCCACCUGUAGAAAAGCUCCCUAAAAAAAAGACUCCGAAAACUGUGAAAACCCCCAAACAACUUAAGCCAUCCAAACCCCCCAAGCCUCCCAAGCCUCCCAAACCACCCAAACCUCCCAAAACACCAAAAGUUAAGGGAGAAGGAAAAAAGAAAGGAAAGAAGGCAAAAGAGAGCCCACCGCCAGCCAUCCCAAAUCUCGACUUGCUGGAGGCACACACAAAGGAGGCUUUGACAAAGAUCGAGACGCCAAAGAAGGGAAAGGCCACAAAGAAUGUUUUAAGUGUUCCCAAUAAGGAAACACCUACUAAGCAGAAUGAGGUGGAGAAGUUUGAAGUUCGAGAGCAAAACAAAAGCAAAACGGAAGCCAAAUGGAAAUACAAGAACAGUAAGCCUGAUUCACUACUAAAAAUGGAAGAGGAACACAAAUCUGAAAAGACGCCUUUAUCAGGAAACAAGGACAACAAAUUUACAUUCUCUUUCGCUAAUAAGAAGUUACUUGGUUCAAAGGGAGUAAAAACCCAGCUGAAUACUAGUGUGUUCGGGUCACUGCAGAACUUUAAGGAGGACAAAGCAAAACCUGUACGAGAUGAAUAUGAAUAUGUGUCAGAUGAUGGUGAGCUAAAAAUUGAUGAGUUUCCAAUCAGAAGGAAGAAAAACACUACAAAGAGAGAACUGCCCUUUUUUUCAGAUAAAAAAGACACUAUGCAGCACACUCCUGUUAAAAAGCCUAAGGUGGAGUCGGUGUCAUAUAAGAGUGAUGACUCGUCGGAUGAAGAUUUACUUCACAUUGACACAGAGGCAAAGCCAGGGCGCAAUUCCAAAGUAAAGAAAGAGAGUGGAAGUUCAGCAGGAAUUCUUGACCUUUUGCAGGCAAGCAAGGAAGUUGGGGGUUUAGAGUAUAACACCAACAGUCAGCCACCUGCCUCACCCAGCACACAGGAAGCAAUCCAGGGCAUGCUAUCCAUGGCAAACCUCCAGUCGUCGGACUCCUGCCUGCAGGCCUCCUGGGGGACCAACCAGGCCAAGAAUAACUCCAUCUCCUCACAGAACUCUAAAAAAACAGGUGGCGGUGGCAGCAAAAAUGCUGGCAAACGAUUACUGAAGAAAAGCACAAAAAACAGUAUUGACAUUGAAGAUUAUGAUGAAGAUCAGGACCACUUAGAUGCCUGUUUUAAAGAUUCAGAUUACGUUUACCCUUCUCUUGAAUCGGAUGAAGAUAAUCCAGUAUUCAAAUCCCGAUCAAAGAAAAGGAAAAGUUCUGAUGAUGCCCCUUACAGCCCAACGGCACGAGUCGGCCCCUCAGUGCCUCGGCAAGACAGACCGGUGCGAGAGGGAACGAGGGUCGCCUCCAUCGAAACCGGCCUCGCCGCUGCAGCCGCCAAGUUGUCACAGCAGGAGGAACAAAAAGGCAAGAAGAAAAAAAAUACCAAAAAGAAGCUGUCAACCAACAACGUGAACAAACCGGCUCAGGAAGGCAGCUCACCAGAGCCGAAGCUGGAGUCACAUGCCAGCAGCCUCACAGAUCACGAGUACACCGCAGGGGCCAGCACCUUUGGGGCCGCCCAGCCUAACAGGGGAUCGCAGCCGAUGGCACCCGGUGUUUUCCUCACACAGAGGAGACCCUCAUCAUCCUCGCAGAACAAUGCCUCCGCCAAAGGAAAGCGCACGAAGAAGGGGAUGGCCACGGCCAAGCAGCGGCUCGGCAAGAUCCUGAAGAUCCACCGGAAUGGGAAGCUGCUCCUUUAGCUCCGCCUAACUUGGAGCACCACAAUAACAACCCUCUUAACUUUCGGCGGUCGGAGUGUACAGAAUCCUGCUAUAAAUAUUUUUUAAUAUAGAUGUCCUUUCUCAGAGUGCUGAGAGCGACUAGUCCGCAAAAAGUUAAUGCUCGCCUGGCCCCACAGUGCUGAGCGCGCCGGGAGGUGAGAGCGCACCCGGCCCACAGCGGUGAGGGCGGCGAGGGGUCGGGGACGGUGUGUGGUGGGGGUCUGGGGGCACUGGGCGCGUUCCCCCCGGCCGUGCCGUGUUGAUGCAUUUCCCGAGGCAUCCUUUUCCUAGAAUGUAGCUUGUAUAUAGCUUUUGGAAUAACGACCACCUGUUUUUUAUAAGGGGAAAGUCUCUCCGGGCGCCGCCAGCAGCAGCGGCCCUUACCAGCUCUUUGUGUAACUUCUUGUACGAGGAGGGAGACGGUUAUUUUACUAGCACCUUGUGGAGUGUUUCCGUGUUUUGUGACGAUGUAAUUUAUUAAUGUUUGUAGCUUUUUAUAUUUGUACAUUUCUUAUGGGCUUUGUUUAUAUACACACAUUACUGGGGCACGGCGCCCGCGGGGAACCAGAGCCACCCGCAGCCCACGGCCCUCAGGGCCAUGCUGGCCUGGGCGCCACGCCGGCUUUUUUUAUUAUGAUUAUUAUUAUUAGUAUUAUUAUUUUUUCGCGACAUGUACAUUUCUAACAAAGUUUAUCGUGGCUAUCUA